CCCAUUUGGUAUUUAGGCACGUCCUUACCUUAGCGACAGGCUACAGCAUCAAGACAGCCGCCAAAUCAUCGAAAUGGAGUCAAGAACCUCGCACAACCUCUUCGAGGUCUACCUUCGAUUACGACCCUCCCCACCUGGUGCGCCCGCCUCCGAGCGCAUCCUGACUGUCGAAGCACCAGAAACGAAAGAGGAGGAAGCCCAGCGCGAGGCCACUGGGGUGACACACAUCACACUGAACCCGCCGACUGAUCGCAGACGCGCCAUCGAGAAGUUCGCUUUUACGCGUGUCUUUGAACCUGACGCCGGUCAGCUCGAUGUCUUCCAUUCUGCCGGAGUUGUUCCCAUGGUUGAGGGCGUGUUGGCACGCGAUGGAGGCGAUGGCACAGACGCGAUGAUUGCCACACUGGGCGUCACAGGCUCAGGGAAAACGCACACAAUGCUCGGAUCCAAGACCCAGCGCGGUUUGACGCAGCUCACUCUCGACGUCCUCUUCCGGUCAAUCGGCCUCAACAUGCUCGAAGGUCUCGACCUGGCCUCUGCCGCCGACUCACUUCAAGCAAGCGACCCAUCCGAAGCCACACUGAUAACGGCUCCCAACUUCAUUGAUGCCGUUUGCGGCGAUGCGCCGGGGUCUCGCUCUCGCGCCGCGACACCCAUGAUUGGCGAGUCACACAAUCACCUGUCGCCAGGUCCUGCGAGACGAAACAUACAACGACCUUCUGCCCUGCCGCAGACGCCCGAUGUCAGCAACAUCGAUCUGUGCUGCGAUGCUUCGGCUGAGUACGCGGUUGUCGUGUCCAUGUACGAAGUCCACAACGAUCGCAUCUACGACCUUCUGUCGCCUCCUUCACGGAACGCCACAUCCAAAGACAUUCGUCGCCGCCCGCUGCUAUUCAAAUCCACCGAAAUGUCACCCGAUCGCAAAGUUGUCGCCGGCCUGCGAAAAGUCAUUUGCACGAGUUUCAGAGAGGCGAUCAUGGUUCUGGAGGCUGGCCUUCAAGAACGCCGAGUUGCCGGUACAGGCAGCAACAGUACGUCGUCGCGCAGUCACGGAUUCUUCUGUUUUGAAGUGAAGAAAAGAACGCAUAGCAGGCGACCUGGUCCCUGGGGCGGCAGCAAGCUGACGAUUGUCGACUUGGCUGGCAGCGAGCGUGCUCGCGACGCUAAAACAGCUGGUGCUACGCUGGUCGAAGCUGGCAAGAUCAACGAGAGUCUCAUGUAUCUGGGCCAAUGUCUGCAAACGCAGAGCGAGGUCGGAACGUCCAGCAAGCCCAACAUUGUUCCUUACAGACAAUGUAAGCUUACAGAGCUGCUCUUCUCCAACUCCUUCCCCUCCUCAUCCUCUUCUUCACAGCCUCAGGGUCCCCGACGCAACCCACAAAGGGGAGUCAUGAUUGUCACAGCCGAUCCUCUGGGCGACUUCAAUGCUACAUCACAGAUCCUUCGCUACAGUGCUCUGGCGCGGGAGGUAACAGUGCCUCGCAUCCCAUCAAUCACGGCAACUAUUCUCGCCAAUGCUCCCCCCAUGGCAGGGAGGCCGCCUAGCCCAGUCCAGACACAUCAUCCUCGCCCUUUCAUGCCUCCUGGCAGCUCUGGCUCGUAUCGGGUCGCUUCAUCUGACGAGAGAGCGACUAUGGAAUUGGCUGCUCUAGAGAUAGCGCGCCUGAGCGACGACAUUGAUCACUUGCGCGAAGAGGUGGAUAUCCAGACUGAGGCAAGAAUGACGGCGGAGGCCCAUCUUAUGUCGAUGGAAGACCGCAUGUUGGAUCUCGAGGCUUCCAUAAGGGACGACUGUGCGACAGAGUUCGAGGAAAGGCUUGCGAUUGAGCUGGCCAGGUUCAAGUCCUCACUUUUGCUGGAGCAAGAGCGCAACGAUGAGCACUGGGAUCGUAAAGUGGAUGUGUUGGAGCGCGGACUUGGCUCCGACGAGGCGGAUGACAAGGAGAACGUGCUUGUCGAGAACCUCGAGGAAGAAGUGGAGCGAUUGCGUCGAGAGAACGUGAUCCUCAAGCGCGAGCUGGCGAGUAGGAGCCCCAGCAAGCGCCGACCGCUCGAAGAGCGAGGCGACUGCGCUUCAUCGCCGCAGGGCUCGUCGACAAAGGGCGAGGGUGUGGCUCAGUUGGGCCGCAAAAUGGAGAAGAUGCAUCUCAGCAACAGCAACUCGCGGACACCGAAUGGCGCGAGUAGCGGCAGCCCAAAGAAGUUGCGCAGGCUGGGCAACCGGAAAUGGGAGCACGAAGAAGAUGCGGAUUUGGAGUGUUGAUCUUGGUAUAGAUACCCGGUUCUUUCGUAAUGCACUUUGGCUUCUAGCGGACAAUGAAUUGAUUUGACUCGAUCGUGAAGCUACUUGGGACAUCGCUCGUUGUGUGAAUGACACAGGCUAUUUGUUCCAGUCCCUGUGAGCUCGGAGCACCAUAACAAACAAACCCCCUGGACUCCACCAUUUCCCUGAGAUACGG